AUGCCCCGAGAUUCGGCAUGGGGCGACGGGCCACCCCCCCGGCAAACCACUCUAUACAGGAGCUUGUCCCGAGAAUUGGCCACAGAGAUCAAGCGGCUCAAGAGGCGAACCUGGUCCGAGACGACCUCUUCGUUGGACCCCCGUCGCAAGAGUCAGGGGCUCUACCGUCUCAUGAGGAUACUGCAGGGUGACAGCGAAGUCCCCCUGGAAAACGCCCCUCUGCGAGGUUCUCACGGACUUGUUUUUACAAAUUUUGGACGGGCUCAGUUUUUGAAUCGCCGUUUGUGCCAAAUUGGUCGCGACAUUCCCAGGACACCGGACAGGGACGAUCUGCACCGUGAGAGGCUCGCUACGGAAGGAUCCAAAGCGAAGCGUCACAAUCAGUCGCUGUUCUCGAAGCCAUUUACUUUACACGAGCUCGAAGAUGCCAUUCGCCGCACCACUCCCGGUCGCUCGCCGGGUGCCGACGGAGUAUCGUAUGAAAUGCUCAAACAUUUGUCUACCGUUUCCCUGCGAGCUGUUCUUGCCCUCGUUAACAAGACCUGGAGGGACGGUGAGGUCUCAGAAGCCUGGCGGGAGGCCGUUGUCACCCUCAUUCCAAAGAGAGGCAAGGAUCCCCAGGACAUUAGCGGUUAUCGACCGAUUUCCGUCACCUCCUGCCUGUCGAAGAUUGCCGAGAGGAUGGUCAACUCCCGGCUGAACUUUCACCUCGAGUCGGCUCGAAAGCUUUCCCCGUACCAGUUUGGCUUUCGCUCCGGGCGUCAGGCGAUCGACCCGGUCGUUAGGCUCGUGCAGCAUGUCCGGGAAGCUUUUGUCGCCAAGCACAACACCGGUGCCGUGUUUUUCGAUUUGGCCAACGCCUAUGAUCGAGUGGAUCCGUCACUCUUGCUAUUGAAACUACUUCACAAAGGGGUCGGAGGACAACUCUAUUAUUGGCUCAAGAGUUUCCUUUUGCAUCGGAGACUCCGUACUAGUUUUCACUCGGCCGUUUCACACCGUCGGCUCAUUAAGCUCGGGGUCCCCCAAGGCUCCCCACUUUCCUGUUCGCUGUUCAACGUGUUCAUCGACGACAUUGUUCAGGGAUUGGGCUCCAAGGCGAGCCUCUACGCCGAUGACCUGGUGAUUUACCACUCUGCCAAGGGGACCGCCGAGAUCGAGAACGUGCUUCGUCGGGACGUAGACGCUGUCUUGGCCUACUGCCGCCGCUGGCAGUUAAAAGUCAACGCGACCAAGACGUGUUAUCAUGUCUUUUCCCUCUCCGUCACCGGAAAUAACCUGAAUCUGAACUUGGACGUUGGCGGUGUGCCCACCCCUCUCGAUGAGCAUACCAAAUAUCUAGGGGUCACCCUCGAUAGGAAAUUACUUUUUUCCUUCCACGUCAGGGAGCUCGCCGCCCUUUUUGAUCUGCGCGCACGCACCUUGUUCUAUCGUCUCGCGUCCACCACCUGGGGAGCUUCGGCGGAGACUUUGCGGACAGUGUACCUCGCCAUGGUACGAUCGAUUUUCCAUUAUUCUGCCCCCGUUUUGCUUCUGGCGGCUGACCGCUCUCUGCAAGAACUCUAUAUCAGGCAUCGUCGUGCACUGCGUUUCAUAAGCGGACUCUUGAGGAAUUCCUCCCACAUUUUAAUCUCUGUCAUGGUCGAUGUGGAGCCUUUGAUCUUUACUCUCCAGGCCUCUCUCAUGACCAGCUAUGAGAGGUAUCGGCGCAUGCCGUUGCACGACCCCAUGCGGCAGAUGUUGGAGCACUACUUGGCCAUUCGCCCCACUCUGACCAGGUUACUCAAGAAAAGCCCUUUGGAGAUGGCCGGUUGUCUUUUGGACAGAUUUGACCUUGUGCUACUGCCGGGAAAGGUUCGUCCUCUCGUUUUCACACCGUUCUACGCACCACACUUCCUGAGGAAAUGGCCCGCCGUCCAUCUAAAUCUCUCGGACAUUCCACCAACGGCCGCAGCCGGGGAAGUAAAAGACGCCUUCCAUCGUCUCACGGCGACCUAUCGAGAACAGUCGCUGCUCGUUUUUACAGAUGGAUCCACCACCGGCACAGACUCGAUCUUGUCGGGCUUUGGUUUUUUGAUCGAGAGACAUUCCCAGACAAGUGCCGACUCUUACCGGUUUGAAGAGUCGGGCCCUGUGUUUGGGAGCAUUUUUAUGGCUGAGCAGACAGCCAUCUACCAGGCCCUCUCGAAGAUUCUGAGAGCUUUCCAUGCUGGCGAACUGGGUCCGUGUCCAGUCUAUGUUCAUUCGGACUCUUUAUCCACAUUACGGGCUCUGCUCAAUCAUUUUUACCGGGCAGAUGACUGGAUCGGGGAUAUCGGUCGUCUUUCUGCGACUCUCCAUGAGAAGGGAUUCCCCGUCCAGUUUCAGUGGAUUCCAUCCCACUAUGGAAUUUUCGGUAAUGAUACGGCCGACCACCUGGCGAAGAACGGAGCGGGCAUGCACUACGCCAUCGAAGCUCCGCCCGUUACCCUCUCUUCAGCCAAGCUUAUCAUAAGGAAGCAGGUGAGACAGUGGUGGCUGCGCGAGUGGCACGGUUCCUCAGAUGCGCCCUUCCUUAAGGAGAAACUUCCACGGCCCAUGAGGACGGCUGAUGCGUGGUGGAGCCUGACGCGCUACCACCAGAUCGUGAUUUCUCGGGCAAGGGCAGACGGCUACCUGGAGAACCAUCCGGCAGCCCCUGAUGGCAAGGUUACCACCCCUUGCCGAUUAUGCAGACGUGAGUUGGAGACCAUCACGCACGUUCUCUCUUGUCGCGUGCUAGAACACAUGUGGGACACUUUAUUUGGCUGCACCGGGCCCAUACCUGCCGGCCAACUGUGGGGCAAAGGCAACGCACGAGCUGCCCGUCUUCGCAAGAUCGGGCACUAUCUGAGAACAUUCCUACGAGAGGUUCACAAGGCAGACAAGCUGAGAGAUGGCUUUGAACGCUUGUUCCUUCGCUUUUAA